AGCAAGGGCUUCGCUUGAGCGUCUUACAUGCUACAUCGCCCAAACUUGUCUUCUCUGCAUUCACACCUCUUUCUCCUCUUCGCGACGCCUUUGCUCUUGGGUGCAUCACCUUCUGGCAACCUCACCUCGUGCCUUCUUUAAACACCACACCCUCCCCCUCUUCUUUAUCGUCAUUACACAUUCCCUAACCUGGAUCUCUGAACAUCCUUUUUUUGUUGACGUACUCAUAUAUAUAUAUAUAUAUAUGUAUUUCCCAAAACAGUUCAAGCUUCUUUAAACUCUUUAAAUCCUUCUAUACUUUUUCUCUCUCACUUUCCAAGAUGGCCACCACCUACGAGGAGUUCGCGGCGAAGCUCGACCGCCUGGACGAGGAGUUCAGCAAGAAGAUGCAGGAGCAGAACGCCAAGUUCUUCGCGGACAAACCGGAUGACUCGACCCUGUCCCCUGAGAUGAAGGAGCACUACGAGAAGUUCGAGAAGAUGAUCCAGGAGCACACGGAGAAGUUCAACAAGAAGAUGCACGAGCACUCGGAGCACUUCAAGCAGAAGUUCUCUGAGCUGCUGGAGCAGCAGAAGAACGCGCAGUACCCCGGCAAGUAA